AUGACCUCGUUCCUUGUGCACUCGUCCGUAUCGUGCGUGUGUCUCCUGGCGUGCGUGUUGUUGUGUCAUGCCCAUGCGGCCUCGCCCGACACCCACACGGGUUGGCACCCGCCCCGCCUCUCAUCCGCAUACUAUCGUGACGGUGACCUUGCACCAGUCUGCGACAGAAGGCGCCUCUCGAAAAUAGCGCGCAUUGGCAGUGGAGCGGGACGAUCCAGCGUCGCCGCGUCGCCUCCCCCAUUCGCGCGUCGUGACCCCCUCGCGCUGCCAUCCCUCGACGCGUCCAGCGGGUCCCCUGCCACCGGCGCCACCUCGGCAUGGCGGCAGCGCGUGCGGCGGUCCUCCCCGCGCGAGCAGCCGUCGCCCGCUUGCGAAUCAAACCUCUCUGCGCCUAUCAACCCCGCCCGCUCCUCCCAGGCCCUAUUGUCCAAAGCAUCUCCGCACGGCGCGCUCGCCCUCCCCCCUCAAGGGCACGGGUGGGGGGCGCAGCGCGGCGAGCUCGCUCGUGGGGAGCGCGCGCAGAUUCGGCAGAAGGCGGGGGAAGGGCGACGGCGGCUGGCGGGGUUGUGGCGGGGGAAGGUGUGGAGGAGGCCGAGGCGGAAGGCGUGGGAGCGACGGCUGAAGCAGCAGAAGCCGUGGGUGCGCGAUGCGAGGCGGUACCUGCACAGCGGGGACAGCACGGGCAGCAGCACCCUCAGCGCGGCGCUGGCGUAUGAGAACCUGACACGUGUGAACAUGAACCCCUUCGACAAGCUGCACCCCCGGCAGGGACGGCGCGAGGUGCUGCUGGGGUGCCGGGGGGCGCCAUGCCCCACGAUGAAGCAGUGCGAGGGGCUCGGGGAGCAGUGGGGAGCAUCACAGGUGCACGCGUGCUACGACCCUGGUGUGGGCGAGGAGACAGCGCACGCGGUGGAGGCGCCGGUGAACUGCCCACGGAUCAGGGCGCGUGGUGAGCAGGUGCGCUUCGACCCCGCGUGCUCGCACGCGGUGGACGACGCGGCGGUGUGGCCGUGGGCGAGCCAGGUGUUCGAGCUGGAGAACGUCUGGGUCAACGCGCGCGGCCAGGCGUUCAACCAGCACCUCUACUUUGACCGAGGCGGCUGCGGCAGUGACCACCAGUUUGUGCACGCAGCGGGCACGGUGGUGGAGGAGUACGAGGCAGUGGUGAACCUGGCGCACUGGAACACGUGGCAGUUCUACCACGGCCUCGUCGAGCUGCUGCCGCUCUUCCUCGCGCUGCGCGCCCUGCACCCCCACAUCCAAGGCGUGCCAGUCGCCCUGCAGCUAUUGCAGGUGGAGUUCAUGGAGGCGGUGGGGUCGUUUGUGCUGGGGCUCGACUCCAUUGACCUCAACGCGCGUGUAAUUCCCAACCACCAACUCUUCUUCGCCCGCCGCCUCUACCAGCCCCUCUACACAUGGUGCGGCCACCCCUCGCCCUCUCUCUGGCACCGCCUGCGCCACAACCACCUCCUGCCUCCCAAUGGCCUCCCCAUGAUGCGCCCUGAUUGGUCCUUGGUGCGCCGUCCAGCGUCCACCCUCACACAGCCGGCUGUCUCGUACCCCCUAUCUCCCCCGGGCGACUGGGUGGUGGUGGUGGCGAGGCGCAUGGGCACGCGCUCGCUGGAAGGCUUUGAGGAGCUGGUGCAGGGGGUGAGGGGCGUGGUGGAGGGCGCGCGGGGGGCACAGGACGGCAGUGCAGUGGGCCGAGUGGUGGUGUUCGAUGGGUCUCUGGACAUCAGUGCCGCGCACCGCCUCUUCCGGCGCGCGCUGCUGUUGAUAGGGGUGCACGGGGCAGCGCUCACCAACCUCAUCUUCAUGCCGCGCAACGCCACUCUGCUGGAGCUGCGGCCCAGAGGCAUGGCGAAUGCGUGCUACCACCACCUGAGCAGUGUGUGCAGCGUGCACUACUACCUGCUGCUGUGCGAUGGCGGCAAGGACACCCCUGUCACGUGCCACAUGGAUCACCUCAUGGCUGCUCUUGAGGAGGCCUGGAGGGCCGUGGAGGAGACAUUCGGCCUGUGA